GCCCAUGCCAGGGGCUGCCUACCUGCGAGGUGCGCGGAGAUGAUGGCCAUGGACGCCAAGCAGCCCUUCGCCGUGCACGCCGCCCUCCCGGAGCCCAAGUUCUCCAGCCUGCACUCCAGCGCCGAGGCGAUGCGCAGAGUUUGCCUCCCGGCCCCGCAGCUGCAGGGCAAUAUAUUCGGGAGCUUCGAUGAGAGCCUGCUGGCCCGCGCCGAGGCUCUGGCGGCCGUCGACAUCGUCCCCCACGCCAAGGGCCACCACCACCACCACCACCACCACCCCCCCUUCAAGCCGGACGCCCCCUACCACGCCAUGAGCGGCGUCCCCUGCGCCGCCGCCCUCCCGCACCCCGCCGCCCUCGCCGCCCACCCGCACCCGCUCCCGCACCCGGCGCUGGACGGCGGCGACCUGCUGGAGCACCUCUCGCCCUCGCUGGCCGUCGGCGGGCUGCCCGAGCCCCCCGCCCUGCCCGCGCCGCUGCCGCCCCACCCGCUGGCCGCCGCGGGCCCCCUGGCCGUGGGCGUGGGCCCCCCGGGGGGCCCGGCGCCGCCGCCCGCCGCCCCCGAGGCGGACGCGGACCCGCGGGAGCUGGAGGCCUUCGCCGAGCGCUUCAAGCAGCGGCGCGUCCGGCUGGGGGUGACCCAGGCCGACGUGGGGGCGGCGCUGGCGGCGCUGAAGCUGCCGGGCGUGGGCUCGCUGAGCCAGAGCACCAUCUGCCGCUUCGAGUCGCUGACGCUGUCGCACAACAACAUGACGGCGCUGCGGCCGGUGCUGCAGGCCUGGCUGGAGGGCGCCGAGGCCGCCCACCGCGACCGCGCCGCCGGCCCCGACGCGCUGCCCGGCGGCGAGCGCAAGCGCAAGCGGACCUCGAUCGCCGCGCCCGAGAAGCGCUCGCUGGAGGCCUACUUCGCCCUCCAGCCCCGGCCCUCCUCCGAGAAGAUCGCCGCCAUCGCCGAGAAGCUGGACCUCAAGAAGAACGUGGUGCGCGUCUGGUUCUGCAACCAGCGCCAGAAGCAGAAGCGCAUGAAGUACUCGGCGGUGCACUGACGGCCCCCGCCGGGCCCCCGGCCCCGGCCGCCCCGACGGCGCGGCCCCGCGCAGCUCCCGGCGCCGCCCCACCGGCCCCCCUCGACGGGACGGGGCGGCCCCGAGGCCUCCGCCCGAGCCCCGCCGAGGCGUCCCGGGAGCG